AUGGAGCCCGUGGGUGCUACCGCCAGCAUACUCACGUUUGUGACUGUCGCAUUUUCCGCUACCAAGUCAAUUUACGGCGCCCUGUCAGCAAUCAAAGACGGUCCUGAAGUCCUGAGCUCCAUCAAUCAUGAGAUAUCCCAGCUCCAAAAUAUUCUUCAGAGAUUAUUGCAAGUGGUUUCAUCAACAGCCAGACCUACCGAUAAGCUUGAGCAAAUGGUCAAGAAAUGCAGAGAUGAUUUGGUCGGAUAUGAGGUCAAGCUUCGCCAAUUCGAUGUCUCGGGAGCCGAUGGUCGUAGAGGCCAACUAUGGCGAAAGCUGAAGCUUUGCUUUGAGGAGAAGGAGCUCGAUCGGAUCCGCCAUGUAGUCGGGAGGCAUAUUCAAUUACUCACACUCCACUUGGGCACUAUUCAGGACGAGCAUACGUCGCUCAUCGCGACACAAUCAACGGACAUACUUGCACAUGUUAAACGCCUUCAGCAGUCAUCGUCUACAACAACACAGUCAACAAAGAUACUUAACCGCAUUGAGUGUCUCCAGGAGACAGCACCUACAGCAACACAAUUAAAUGAGGUGCUUGUUUCUCUCCAACAACUCCAGCAAGAUAUGGCGGUAUUGCGACUAUCCUGUCCAUCUGUUCAAACUCAAACUGGGUCAUCAAGCAUUCCAUCAAGCGUUGUAGAACUAGACGACAAAGAUUCACCGAUUUCGCAGCAGACCGCUUUGGAUGAUACCAUCGCUCGAUUGAUGCGGUUGAUUGAAAAGAAGCCUUCGGUUAUGGAGUUUCAUGAUGCACAAGAAAUAUUCGACGACCUGGAGCGGCUAUUGCAGUCUGUUCGUGACGAUAUACACUCCACAAAAACGGCAGGUGGAUAUCAGGAUAAAGGUGCGGAUGUCUCAAAAGAGAUGAAGCUAUUCACUAGCCUGAUUUUCUCCGCCCAGUCAUUGAGAGUCAAUCAAACCGAAACUAUGAACUCUUUUGAGGCCACAGAGCCAAAAUUUGCGAUCUUUCAACAGAAAAAGCGCAAAGAAAUGAACAUCGGGGACAAUUUCCUUACAGUCACGACAGCAAAACGACGCAGGCAACUUUUGCCCUUGCCACAAAACGCUCAAGACAACGAAGCAUGCGGAUGGGGGUUUCUUGGAAAUCUAACCGUAAAGUCAAAGACCAAGAAAAGGAUGAUUAGCUUAUCGGUGAACCGGGGCCAGCUUUUGUUCGAUAAAUUCACCAGCAUGAUGCCGCGAGUAAUAGUUUGCCAGAUUCUCCCUAACAACUCGCAUGUUUUCCGAGUGGCAUCAGAAGGAUCGGUUCAAGAUCUUAUGAGAUUGAUAGUUGAGAACAAAGCUAGCCUUCAUGACCAUGAUGAAGAUGGGUGGUCUUUGCUGCAUGUAAGUGAUCACUACACAUAG